AUGACUAACAUGGAAGAAGAAACCUUUACCUGCUUUUUCUACGGAACACUCAUGGCCUUCCCAAUCCUUAGCCGGGUUAUCUAUGGUACUCAGCACCCGGAUCCAUGGCAGCGGGACCGCUUGCGUAUCCGUCCAGCAAUUUUGCACGACCAUUGUCGCCACCGCGUCAAGAAUGUAGAUUACCCCGGUGUAGUUGCCCAAACUGGCAGUUCCGUCCGUGGUACAGUCGUUGAGGGUCUUUCCAAAAUGGAUAUUGAUCGCCUGGACGCAUUUGAGGGUCAUGAGUAUGAGAGAAGACAGGUCAAAGUUUCACUUUUGGCCGAUGAGAGAGCCUUAGAUAUCAGUCACUCCGGAAGGGAGACUGGUGAGACUUUUAUGGCAGGAACUUACAUUUGGACGGAAGGCACUCAAUACCUUGAGGAUGCUGAAUGGGAUUUUGACCAUUUUGUCAAGCAGAAGUUGAGAAACUGGGUUGGGGAUGCAAAGAAUUUUGAGUUUCAAGGUUAG